AUUUGAUUGUUCUGUCAUUUGUGAAUUUUUUUUUCGCCCCCCCCCCUCCGUCAGAGUUUAAUUGCAACAAAAACUGUGACGCUAAACGAGCGAAUCCAGGCACAACCCCCGGCAUAAGUUGUAUCAUCCUCCGUAUUCCUCCCGUGAAUCGAGACCACCGACGCUACAUUGUGCGGCUCUGAUGCUUGUGCACAUCGGGCGGCGAGGGCUGCGGCAAGCGGCGGCCUGACAGAUGCGAGAGGGAGAAAGCGGAGAAACGCGACGGAUCUAAUUCCUAUAAGGACGGAAUGAAAGAAGCCUCGGCUCAUAUCACCGCACUUAUUAAAACCAAAGCCCAGCAGAAGAAAGUGAAAUCUGAUCUCCUCUGUGGAUCAGCGACUUUAUGGACAAACAUUCAAGUGAACUCCAUUUAUAAAGGGCCCGUUUACGGCAGGAUGAACAUUAGCAGGCCAUGAUGGCGAAAAAACAAGAUGUCCGAUCGCCCAUUUACAACCUCAUUGUAGUGGGUCUGUCAGGAACGGAGAAAGAGAAGGGCCAAUGUGGGGUCGGCAAGUCCUGCUUCUGUAAUCGGUAUGUGCGGCCUAGUGCGGAUGAUUUCUACCUGGAUCACACAUCAGUCUUGAGCACCAGUGACUUUGGCGGUAGAGUGGUUAAUAAUGAUCACUUUCUGUUCUGGGGGGAGGUGUCCCGGCUCCUGGAGGAGGGGCCUGAGUGCCGGAUGCAUGUUGUGGAGCAAACUGAGUUCAUUGAUGACCAGACAUUUCAGCCACACCGUAGCACGGCUAUGCAGCCUUAUAUCAAACGGGCCGCCGCAACCAAGCUGUCUUCAGCAGAGAAGCUCAUGUACUUCUGUACCGAUCAGCUGGGCUUGGAGCAAGACUUUGAGCAGAAACAAAUGCCCGAGGGCAAGCUGCAGGUCGAUGGCUACCUGCUUUGUGUCGAUGUCAGCCGGGGCAUGAACCGCAACUUUGAUGACCAGCUGAAGUUUGUCACAAACCUGUACGGUCAGCUCAGCAAGACAAAGAAGCCCAUCGUGAUGGUCCUCACCAAAUGUGAUGAAGGAGUCGAACGCUACAUCAAAGAUGCACAUACAUUCGCCAUCACAAAAAAGAGUCUACCGGUAGUGGAGACGUCUGCACGCUCCAAUAUAAAUGUGGACCUUGCCUUCCUCACUUUGGUUCAACUUAUUGAUAAGAGCCGGGGCAAGCCCAAGAUCAUUCUUUACUUUGAAGCCCUCAAGCUCCAGAGUCAGCAGAUCGCUUCUGCCAAGGAUCGCUAUGAAUGGCUUAUCAACCGCAUAGUAAAGAAUCAUAAUGAAACCUGGUUAAACACCAGUCGACGCAUGAACACCUCCCCAGAGUACAAAGAAUAUGUCUUCUUGGAGGGAACGGCUAAAUGCAAGAAGCUUUUUCAACAGCAUGUCUACCGUCUGAAGCAGGAGCACAUUGAGCGACGCCGCAGAACAUACUUAACCACUCUGCCUUUAGCACUUAGCUCCUUGGUGCCUGACCUGGAUGAGAUAGAUCAGCUAAGCUGGUCUGGCGUACAGAAGGUCCUCGAGUCCAAGCAGCACUUUGCCCACUGGUUUGUCGUUCUGGAGGAUUCACCCUGGGAGGAUACAUCUCACAUUGAUAACAUGGAUGAUGAGCGAAUCCCCUCAGACCUGCUGGAGACUGCGGAAGCGGAGGACAUAUUUAAUGCCCACCUGGAGCACUUGCGUAAUGAGUGCAGACGGGCAGAGAUGAGGCUGGAGUUCAAACACAAGUUAUCCUCCUCUCCCUUUGUAACACCCGGGAGGCCCUGGGAGGAGGCCCGCAGCUUCAUCAUGAACGAAGAGUUCUACCAGUGGCUUGAAGAGCCAGAGUAUUUGGACCUUUACAACCGGCAUCAGAAGGAGAUCAUCGACCGCGCUAAAGAAGACUUUCAGGAGCUCUUGCUGGAGUACUCCGAGCUUUUUUAUGAGCUUGAGGUGGAUGCCAAGCCAAGCAAGGAGAAGAUGGGGGCUAUUCAAGAGGUUUUGGGGGAGGAACAGCGGUUCAAGGUGCUACAAAAGCUUCCAGCCGAAAGAGAUGCUCUGGUAUUGAAGCAUAUCCACUUUGUCUAUCACCCGACCAAGGAGACCUGCCCGAACAGUCCUAACUGUGGAGACUCUAAGAUUGAGCAAAUGCUAGUUUCACGUUUCCCCACGUGUUACCCCUUUUUUGAUGUGAAAGCUCAUUUUGGGGACACCAAGGCUGACAGAAUCAACCUUGUCAUCCUAGGUAAGGAUGGACUGGCCAGAGAAUUUUCAAAUGAGAUCAGGGCCCUGUGCACAAAUGACGACUGGUAUGUAUUGGACGGGAAGAUGUACGAGUUGACGCUGCGGCCCAUUGAGGGAAACGUGCGUCUCCCAAUCAACUCCUUCCACACCCCCACUUUUACCCCUCACGGAUGUCUGUGUCUGUAUAACUCGAAAGAGUCCCUCUCCUAUGUGAUUGAAAGCCUUGAGCGACUCCGGGAAUCAACUCUUGGCCGAAGGGACAGCCUGCUCGCGCAGCUGCCAACAUCCCUGCUGUUAGUCACUAAACGAGGCGUAGGAUCGUAUGUGGAUAUAGGUGGAGAAACUGCCUUAAACCUAAUCACACAGGGACAGCAGGUUGCAAGGAGGCUGCAGUGUAGCUUUUUAGACCCCGCCUCGCCUGGUGUGGGCUACGGCCAUAAUGUCAAUGAGACUCAAAUCAACCAGGUGCUGAGGAGCCUUCUGGAUAUUAGGAGGAGUGUGUCCUUUAGUAGCAACUCCCCUCCCCUCCUCCCCGAGCCUCCAGGUCUCCGCGACUCCCCUCACCAGCCGGCCCCAGAGGCUGACCUCCGCAUCGUCAUGUGCCUAAUGUGUGGGGACAACUACGACGUUGAGCAGCUCCUGUCUCCUUUCCUAAUGCAUCAGCACUGCAGGCCCAUGUCCAAUAGUGGCACUUCUGUGCUAGUGGAGCAGACGGUCGGAGGACACAAGAUCGCUAUAGAGCUCUCCCUGCUCUCAUACCACGCGUCUUUCACUCUGCGGAAGAGCAGGUUAGUGCACGGCUACAUCGCAGCGUACUCGGUCUCCCGAAAGGCCUCCCUGGAAACCCUGUGCGCAUUCUUGUGUGAAGUGCAGGAUAUCAUCCCGCUUCAGCUGUUGGCAGUGGGAGAUAGCCAGGCGGAGCUCACUGACAGCGACUACGCCUGUGAACAGCUGAUCCAAGGGGAGGAGCUAGCCCAUGAGAUAGAGGGGCGUUUCAACAGUGUGGUUUGUGGAUCCGGGGGUGUGGUGGGAGGCCUGCACAGGAUUGAAAUGUUCCAUUCCUUUCUGAUGGAAGUGAUCGAGAAACGCAACAUUGUGGAGGCCACGCACAUGUACGACAAUGUCGCAGAAGCGUGCACCGGUGAAAACGUGUACUCCCCACGCUGCAGUUCUCCCAGUCCUGUCACCAUGUUCCUGGACUCGGAGGAUGAUGUCGAGCCAUCGCCGCCCUACUACGAUGGCACACUCACUUCUCAUAGCGGGAGCUUCAACCUGCCCGACUUGGAUUCCAGCGACAUCUCUGUCAUCUCCGACAUCAGAGACUUUGAGAACAAGCUCAACAACAAAGUGCCCCCCCAAGCGAGAGUCAAACCGGGUGUCACGUUCGACUUCCGGAAGGUGAGCCGUAACCCAUACAUGGACACGCUGGGUCAUCGUCGCUCCCUGCCCUCGGCCGUUACCUGGGUUCCCGGUGGGGACGUGGGCUACGAUCCCUCAGACUACGCCGAACCCAUCGACGCAGUUUCAAAGCCUCGCCCCAGCAACGAAGAGAUCAUCUACUCGGUCCCGCACGACAGCACCCAAGGCAAAAUCAUCACCAUCCGCAACUCCAACAGGAUGCACUCCAACGGAAACGGCUCGGACAGCGAGGCGGACAGCAGCUCUCUGGAGCGGCGGCGCAAGUUCUCGGCAGCGGGGGUGAAGCCUCGUCUCUACCGCGACCGCUCCAAGCGGCUCGGCAAGUUCAGCAGCUUCCGCACGAGCUUCAUAGGCAGCGACGAUGAGAUGGGAGCACUUCUGAAGUCCAAGGAGGAGGACUUUGGGACUCUGAAAGGCGAAAGCCUAGUUAGUGAGGAGAUUGAGGACCCGAAAAAGAGGAACAUUCUGAAGAGCCUGCGACGGACAGCCAAGAAAUCGAGACCAAAGCCUCGCCCGGCCAUUCCCAAGCCUGUGGAGAGCAGUUACUUCGGGGUCCCCCUAGUGAAUGUGGUAUCCCCAGACAGGCCCAUCCCGCUCUUCAUCGACAAGUGUGUCCGCUUCAUUGAGACCACAGGCCUGAAUACCGAGGGGUUGUACCGCGUUAGUGGCAACAAGUCGGAGAUGGAAAGCAUGCAGAGGCAGUUUGAACAGGACCACGGAUUAGACCUGGUAGAGAAAGACUUCUCCAUAAACACUGUGGCUGGAGCCCUCAAAAGCUUCUUCUCUGAACUGCCUGAGCCUCUGGUGCCUUGUGCUCUGCAGGUGGACCUAUUGGACGCUUUCAAAAUUAAUGACCGUGAACAGAGGCUAUAUACCAUGAAGGAUGUCCUAAGGAGGUUCCCCAGGGAGAAUUAUGAGGUCUUCAGAUAUGUAGUGAGCCACUUAUACAAAGUGAGCCAGCUGAACAGGUUGAAUUUGAUGACCAGCGAAAACCUGUCCAUCUGCUUCUGGCCCACCCUCAUGAGGCCAGACUUCACCACUAUGGAUGCCCUGACUGCCACACGCACCUACCAGACAAUCAUCGAAAGCUUCAUCCACCAGUGUGCAUUUUUCUUCUAUAACCAGCCCCUCCUCGACUCCCCCACUGGCCUAGCAGGCCUCCCCGCCUCGCCCACCACCACCCUCAGCGGGAGCUCUGCCUACUCUUGUUACCGCUCGUCUCCCCCGCACACCGCCGCACACUUCAGCCCCCUGCAGCAGUCCCCGCCCACCACCCCCCAGUCUCCUCUUCAGUCCCUGCUCCCUCCCCUCCACCAGCACCCCCACUCCCACCAUUCCCCUGCCGAACAAGAGACACUGUGAGAGGCAGUGACACCACCUGUGCCCAUGAUGAUGCUGGACUUUAUCACCAACAUACACACAAACACACACACACACACACACACAACAAACCUGUGCACACUAUGUCUUCGACAACCUAGCUUAUGAAGAGAGGAGAUAGGAAGUGUAUGAGGGACUUCCCUAACCUGCCAUCUUUACCCACACGUAUGUGCAUCAGAGCAGCGUACCAUUAUCAGUGGCUCUGAGCUCCUCGGCGCCUACAACUUAAGGGUUUCAGGUUUGAAGAGGAGGACAGCGGUCGCUGUCCCGCCAACGGCCACCAUUUAUCCUACACUAUCAAGAAAUCAAAGUCACGCCAAGCUGGAAGAACUGAUUUGUGGCCACCAUAUUUUUAUCUGUGUAUAAGUAUUUGGGUUUUUUUUUCCCUCAUGAAAGUACUGCCACUGGAUUUUUAGACUGUUUCUCUGUAGGUUGAUUGGGCAGCGUUCUGCUCCUUUUAUCAGAGGUCCUCUGUCUGCCUUUGGGGUUUCUCUCAUCGGCUUUACCGGAGCAGUUAGCAUGGGAUGGGGAGGGAGAGAGGGAGGGAGGGGGGGGGGUUACACAUCCAGGGAUGCACUUUAAUGAUCACUGUUGUUUUUCCCCUCAAAAGGGUUUUUUGUUUUUGUUUUGUUGACAUACUGUUUUAUUGUGUGUUCUUAAUUUCACCGCGCAAACAGCCAUACCCAUUGCCUUUACAGAGCUCUGGCAGAUCAAACUUUGUUUACAUCAAACUUGUUUUUGUAUUCAACUUAUCUGAAGCACUUUUUGAUAGUGUAGUGUAACAUUUGAACAAAUGCCUCAUUAAUUGGCCAUAUUGUGUGUCCAGUGGCUGAUUGUGGAAUCAGUGCAGGCUUGGGGGAAAAGAUCCUUUUGUAAAAACUUGCGUUCCGAGUUGAUCCGGACGUAGCAUUUCCGGUUCAGGAGGGAGUCUGAACCUUAACAUAUUCCUCAUUCAUCCAGCCGAGUGGAAAUGACUUUUCUUUUAGAGGUUAGCCUCUUUCUAGGUUGAUCCGAGUGGAAGUUUAGGGAUGAUUGCAUUAGACCUAUAUAAUAUCAGAGAAAACUUUGCCUUCCAUCAGUCAAGUGAAGGAGACAUUUUUGAAUGUGUAACGUAAUCGCACCAUAACAAAACUCUGCAUUGCCACCUGCUGUCAAAUGAAACCCAACGCUUGCUACCUGAUCGGGUGCUGGACGCGUGGUUCGUGCCUGUCAAUCAACCACCAGGCUCUCUGUCUUCAUCUAAUAUUAAGGACCUUUAAGUCGGAAGGUUUAGUAUUUUCAGCGCAUCGUUACUGCUAUACAACACAACGACCAGUAGAAGUUAAACGUUUGUGGGUGUGACACAUUCAGGAAGCACCGCUGGACGUUUACUUGCUCUCGUGAAUUAGUUUUGUGCAGGUCCUUCGCUUUUCAUGUUAAAACAAUCGGCUGUAGUUGUAGCGCUGUGGAUGAAGACCUGAUGAUUUUACAAAUCACAUGACAGGGAGGACUGUCCUUUCAAUGGGGACCGCUAAAGAUUGAAGUUGUGGUUGUUGGUCGAUGACCAGACACGUUAGAUCCUGGGUUGCCGUCGUGUUUGGACGUGUUUCACACCCUUCUGGUAGUUUUGGAAGUCAGUCAUUUUAUGUGUUUGUCCGAUUUAACUGAAUGCUUUUUCCAAACCGCUCACGGCUGCAGGCUGUAGCAUUAAGACCAGCACAGAACCGACCAAGCAACUGUCCCACUAUAACACAAUUCCCGGGAGUAUAUAAUCUUACCACAUCACUUGACUUCUGACACAACCGUGGCAAAUCUACCGUUCAAUGAGGAGAAAGUGGGUGCAUACUAUUCUAUAAUGGUUGUUUAUUUGUAUGUUGGGGAACACCACCCGUUAGUCAAUGGUAGAAAACCUUUCUAGUGUGUAUUUCAAUGAUUGAAAGUCCAUUUUUACAAUUUUUGUGAAUGGUUCAAGGCCACUUAAGUUUAGUGCAUGAUAACAUUU